UCUAUAAAAUCACCAAACAACCUAUCAUGAAGUUCUCCACCAUAUGGUAUAGUAAGUAACUAAAAUUAAGCAUGAAGGUGCAUCAGUUCGCACGUGGAUUCUGGGAGCACGAACCCUCCCUCACACUCGGGUGCAAACGCUUACGCCCCCUUGCCCCCAAGCUUUCCAACACCGACACCAUUUCUCCACCUCAUCAUCCUGUUACAACCUUCGACCUCAAGAGCUUCAUCAAACCUGAAAGUGCCUCCAGAAAACUUGGAAUUGGAUCCUCCGAUGAUAAUACUAAUAAGAGAGACCCAUCUUCACCCCAGGGCCAGGCUGAAACGCAUAUUCCAGGAGGGACACGGUGGAAUCCGACUCAAGAACAAAUAGGGAUAUUGGAGAUGCUGUACAGAGGAGGGAUGCGAACUCCGAAUGCUCAACAAAUAGAGCAGAUCACAGCACAGCUUAGCAAGUACGGCAAGAUCGAAGGGAAGAACGUGUUCUAUUGGUUCCAAAACCACAAAGCACGCGAGAGACAGAAGCAGAAGCGUAACAACCUAGGCCUUGCUCAUAGUCCUCGUACUACUCUCACCACUUCACCCCCCUUUAGUUGUUGUGUAAUUACCACUAUGGACACCACAAAACGGGGGGAAGUAGUAGAAAGAGAGGAGGAAGAUAGCCCGUUGAAGAAGUGUAGGAGCUGGGCGUUUGAGUACUUGGAAGACCAAAGAGAGGAGGAACAUAGAACUCUGGAGCUUUUCCCAUUGCACCCGGAAGGCAGAUGAAGGGGUUUGUUUUAAUUGUUUGACCAAUUUAACGAGAAAUAUUUUUAGCUUUUAAUUAAUUGUUUCUGAACCCUUCAGGCUGAUUGGAAUGUAUGUGCUUUAAUUAGUUUGGUUUAGUUUUUCAUCACUUUCUUCUUUGGUUGUGUUGGGAAAGAAGAAAACACAAAGUCGUCUACAAAUGUGUACUGUUCCCUCUUUGAGACCAAAUUAACCAAACCUGCUUAAUUGUCUC